CAGACACGUCUCAAGAAGCACUAAAAUAAAUUUCCAUAGAUUCCACAAAAAAAUCUAGGCCAUGCAUAUCUCUUUGAUACCCAUGUCAUAUGGAGUAUAUCUCACUUAUUAUAGAAAAAAAAAAACACAGAAGCACAAAAAAUUUCAAAUCUGGAUAACCCGUGAAAUUACCCUAUAGAAGAACGGGUGAUUAUGUUCUAUUUGCAAUAGCCAUUAGGGAUAGUUAUCCUUCUGGGGAAGGCUGAUGUGUUACACACAAGAGAUGAUCUCCUAUAAUGCAGCACACAACAAGCAUCACAUCUCAGGCAUGCCCUCCUUUACUAGCCUUCUAAUUUCCCACCUGUUUACAGGUCCUGCAAUGUUUUUAUCUUAACGCUAUUUUAUUUACACAGCAUUCAUCUUUCUUUGGCAAUAAAGUCAGGUUUUGAUGUACAAACUGCCCCUGCCCAUAUGACUUCAAUAUUUUUGUCUUAGGUUGUCAAUACAUUUUUGUCUUUCCUGUCUGGUGACGUCAGGCACUGUUCAAACCCACUAACUUUUGAAAGUGAACUGUAUAGAAGCUGGAGAGCUAUGAUAUAUCCAAACCAUAGCUCAAAUAUAAGCAUAUUUAUCAGAUGAAGGAAAAAUUGUGGUUUGUGUAAUAUAUACUGAGAUUUUUUCCCACUUUUCUGGAACGUCACAAACAUUAAUUACAGAAUUUCUCUGCCUUAAAAUCUUGCUGGUAUACAUGACUUUGAAUUGUGGUAAGCCAAGGUCAUGUAUGUAUGCAAAUUGGAUUAUGUUGAUACUUAUGGCUUAAUACACCGAGCAGAGGUUUUACACCGAUCUGAUUUUAGAGGCUUUAAUCCAUUGGUCCACUAACAUGUCCAUGUAAGCAACGUUGCUGUUAGGAUUCCACCAAGGUGUAUAUGAGAACGAGGAUUACUCUCAGCCUUCAGACGUGUAAGGGACAGACGCCUUUCCAGGAAGAUGUCUGGGCCUAACCUAUCACUCGUACACAUGACAAUUAGCUCAUGUAACAGAGGUGGAGAGAGCGAGCAGUAGACCUAGAGGAGAAGAUCCAACCCAUAUUACGCGCUGCCACAGAUAGAUUCUCCUUCAGCCUUUCACCGCCUUGGAAGUGUAUCUGUUAAACAGGCGUCUCUAAACUCUGGUGCAAAACAGUAAAAACUGCUAGGCUGCGGAGAUUAUUGAUGUUAAAGGGUAUCGUCAGUCGCAUGUAAAGUGUAGGUGUGGAACAAUCAGUGAUGAGAGCAGACUGGGGCUGAACACCUGUUGUUGCUGUUACCCGUGCUCUUGUGUUAAAUGGACUUUACCUGAGGAUAUACUUGUAACGCCACAGAAGGAAAGUCUCAUAUAAAGAUGUUCCAUCGCCAGAGAGCAGUAGUGCCAAUCUGUAUGUGUCCUCAGAGUGACAAGUACCAAGUGACCUCCCAUGGAGGAUUAGCUCUUAACACCAAAGUGAACCACUAAACUCUUAUCUGGAACCAGAAGACAGAAUUACGUAAGGAUGGACGUGACCACAGAAAACUGGCGUAACCUGACAACUUUAGACACACUAAAUGUGUCAAUGGAAUCUCCAGACCAAGACCUUCCCCCACUCCAGGUCUUUAACAGCUGGUAUGGAGAGUGCCAUGGCUAUGUAGCCGCGUGCGUUUGUGUUUUUGGCAUCAUAUCGAAUGUGGUUAAUAUAAUAGUGCUCACACGAAAAAAUAUGGUGUCUCCAACGAACUGCUUGUUGUCAGCCCUGGCUAUAGCCGACAUUCUUACAAUGGCUGUUUACCUACCAUAUGCAAUUUAUCUGUACAUCAUUAAACAGCCUGACCCUUACUGCCACCACAGCAAAGCAUGGGUCAUUUACAUUUUGUUUAACAAUAUCUUUGUGGUCACCGCUCACCAGAUGGCCAUGUGGUUGACCGUUUCGUUGGCUAUUUUUCGUUACAUUGUUGUGUGUUUCCACAGCAGAGGCCCUCACCUAUGCAGCCUACGGCGUGCUAAGCUCACAAUUAUUAUCGUCUCUGUUGCCAGUGUGCUCAUUAGUGUACCCAACUACCUGAACUAUAAGGUGACAAAUCUGAAGGAUGACCCAACUUACAACAAUACUGGUUACUGGUUUGCCUUAAGUCACAUCAACGAGGAAACAGAUGCGAAGUUAUCAAAGGCCAGCUUUUGGCUCUAUGCCGUCUGCUUCAGAAUCGCUCCCUGUAUAUUACUUGUGGUCCUGAGCUCUCUGCUGAUAAUUGCAAUGCAUACUGCCAACCAGCGGCGUUUGCGCCUGCUCUCCCAAUCACGACGUGCGGAAGACGAACACGGAGCGGAGCACAACCGGACAACUGCUAUGUUGGUGGCUGUCGUACUGUUUUUUGUCCUUACAGAGCUUCCAAUAGGAAUUCUUGCCUUACUCAGUGCAAUUAUUGAAGAAUUCUUUGACAAUUAUUAUGUCCCAUUGGGUGACGUCAUGGACAUUCUUGUGCUCGUCAAUAGCGCUGUGAAUUUUAUUCUCUAUUGUAUAAUGAGUCGUCAGUUUCGCCGGACCUUUAGAGAGUUAUUCCAUGUUUCCUGUAUUAACAAAAUACUUGGGAAGAAAUCUAGUUCAAAUGGAACUCAUUAUUGUACUAUAAAAACUGAAGUUACCCAGCUUUAAGAGUGAUGGAAGGUCUCAGUAAAGUUAGAUGUAGUCUGCAGGACAGUGUACAGUGAUGACCUGUUUUCUCAAGCUUUGUAAAUAUAGUUGUUACCUGCAAGUGGACAUAACAGAGGUUAUAUAUAUAUACAUACAUAGGCUGGACUGUAUAUAGUGUUUGACUUAUCCUUGUAUACUCUGUGGAGAAUUCAUCAUAUACAACAAAACUAUAGGUGAGGUUUGUUCACGUGUUACAGUGUUCAAGAAUGUAAAUAAUGAAAGAGGGGGAAAAAAACGGUAACACAUUUUUAUUGGUUGUUUUCUUGCGGCAUGGAUGAAAUGCACACAGGAAAUGGGAAUAUUAAGGCAGAGACCUCACAAAUGAAGUUACACCAGUUAACCUGCCUUACAUGACUUCAUUUUCUGUUAACAAUACCAAUGAUCUGAGGAAAGGAAGACUGCCAUGCCCUUGAAUGUGAUGUACAAAUUGACUUUUAACACUGAUACAUAUGGAUAUUAAUCUGUGUCUUUGUUUCGUCUGCCUUCUGGCAGCAUUGUACAGCCAACUUGCUGUUCUCUACUGCUUUUCUGCUGCUGCUGUGUGACUUUGUGAAAUGUUACCUAAACAAGUCUUAAAGAGAAAAAAACAUGUCACCUUGUCAACAUACUUCUUGUUCAGCAAAUGUUCCUUAAGAGGAUGUUAAAGGUGAUCACCUCGUAGGUGUUGCACCUGUGGUGCACAGUUUGUCACACACAUAAGAACUGCUUCGAACCUGCACAGGUGUUUAUCUGUGCACGGUGGCAGAUCAUCAGGAUAAAUGACAACUGUGAGGCUACAACUGUGCUGGGAACCUACAUUUUGUGGAAAGACAGCCGUUUUCUCCUGCAGACUGCUCUGUUCAUUUGACUAUUGAGUAGAUGAUGGGCUUUAUCACCAUUUCUGAGGAGUUUUUGCAUCAAUCAAUUACUACUAAUGUGGCAUGCAAGAAGACUAAUCAUAAAUAAUAAAGUGUGCCCUGAAUUCGUUUUUCAUUACAUUAUAAGUUCAAAAAUGUUAUUAUACAUGUCCUUGUAUCAGAUGGACUAAAAUUGCAUCAUGCUCUUUUCCAAAACCAAAACUCAGUAGGUGAAACUUAGAUAUUGUAUACUAUUGUGUGGGAAACAUACUGAGUUAGUAUGCCAAUGUCUACACAAAAAAAAAACAUUUUGUUAUCUUGUUGUGUGCCACCUGUAAACAAGCAAGUUGUGUACCACAUCAGUGGUUUCCAUGGACACCAGGGAGUAUGUGUUUUUGUUCAAUCAUAGAUUAUCUGUUUUUCUGUUCCCUGUUGAUCUAAGUUGUUUUACAAACAUGUGUUUACAAGUUUGAUACAAAAGUUGUAAACAUAAUAAAAUAUC